UUCUCACUCUUUUCACGCAUCCAUAUGCCUGGUGCUCCAUCUAAAACACGUGAUGCGAUAAAUUCGACUUGCACUUUUCGCCCUAUUGAUUUUCACUACAGCUACUAUGAAGUUCUUGUAGAGUUUCACUCUCUGAUCAAAUAUCCGAAAAAUGAAUUGCUCUACCUUCUUCAGUUUUCGAAAAAAAACGAGUUUGUGUAAAAACCCAGAAUUUUCAACGAAAAUGAGGUAAAGAAAAUGCUUCCCAAGCGUCAAGGACAGGUCGUAAAAGUGAAAGGGACAAAGGGUAGCGGACUCGCAACGUGGGAGAGAAGACAGGUCAUAAAGACGAAUCGUAGAAUUGAUGAAAGGUCCAGAUCCUGGUUUUUUUCUUUUGAAAGCCCUCAUUGGCGAAGACACUGCAAUGUUAAAAUUUCAGAAAACGCGUGAAUGAGGCCUUUCAAGCUCGAACAUCUCCCGUUUUCUUUUUAAAGCAACUGCGCGAACUUGGAUGCGCAGUAAAAUGGUGGAGAUAAAAAUGCUUACUAUGGUGAAGCAGAAUUGCUCACUUCCAAUUUCAGUACAACAAUCGAUAGAAUCAUUCUCAAUACGAUAUGGUUAACAGCGUUAGUAAUGCUGCGUUACUGUAGUCACGUGUAUUAUAGUUGAAGGCGUCUCCGCAAUCUUGUGGCAUGUUAGAACUGUUUACAUACUUCAAUUUUGUAUUCCGGAGACGUUUCUAUCUCGCGUAAGUAAUUAAACAUGGAUGAAGUUGCGAAACUCGAACACUUGUCUUCUGUCUCAAAAAUUUGCACAGAAUUGGAGAAUCAUUUGGGACUGAAUGAUAAGGACUUGGCUGAGUUCAUUAUUCAUUUAGCAGAGAAAAAUAGCACCUUUGACAAAUUUAAAAAGGUUCUCCUAGAAAAUGGAGCAGAAUUCUCAGAAUCAUUCAUGGCCAAUCUCUUGAGGAUAAUACAGCACAUGAAACCCUCUAAACCAACACCGGACAAAUCUGCAUUGUCUGCCAUCAAACAAGAUGAAUUAGCCCAAAAAUUCCCUGGCUUAGCUUUGCCAAAUGAGGAGCCAAAGGUAACAGAUAUUAAGGACCUCAAGGAUGAUGACAUAGUCAACAAUGCAAUGGCAAGCUUGGAAGAAUUGGCACCGUCUCACAAGAAGCCUAGCAAUGAAAAUAAAAAGGAGAGUGAGCCAUUAGAGACUGACAAAAAGAUCAAACACUCCAGAAGGAGUAGAUCUAAAGACAGAAAAAGACACAGAUCGCGUUCGUCCAAUCGCAAAGAGAAAAGGCAUAGAUCACGGUCCCAUUCUAGAUCACGUGGUCGUUCGAGAUCUAGGGACAGAAAGAGGCGAAGGUCGAAAGAUCGUAGAAGAUCGAGAUCACGAGACAGAAAAUCCCGCGAUCACAAAGACCGACAUUCUGGUAGACAUUCUUCAUUUAGAAAUGGAUCAGAUAGAUCCCGAUCGAGAUCCGUCGAGGAAAUGUCUAUGGACCCAGAAGUUGGGAAGAUUUACUCUGGGAAGGUCGCCAAUAUUGUCCCUUUUGGCUGCUUUGUGCAACUGGAAGGCUUGAAACGCAGGUGGGAGGGACUUGUUCAUAUUUCCCAACUACGAAGAGAAGGAAGAGUUGCCAGUGCCAGUGACGUAGUUUCUAGGAGCCAGAAAGUCCUGGUGAAGGUUCUCAAUAUUGGUGGACAAAAGGUUUCUUUAAGCAUGAAGGACGUCGAUCAAGAAACCGGUAGAGAUAUGAACCCAGUGGUGGCUGUCGCUAAGACUGAGGAAGACGAGAAGCAUUUGCGCAAUCCCGAUAGACCAACUUCGUUGCUGGAACUGCAGGGCAACUGGGACGAGGACGAGACUUGUUCCAGGAAGCGUGUGCAGAGGCUGUCAUCUCCUGAGAAGUGGGAGAUAAAACAGAUGCUUGCUGCGUCUUGCGUCGACAGGAACGAGUUGCCAGAGUUCGAUAUGGAAACUGGAAUUCUUCCACGCGAGGACGAUGAGGAAGAGGACGUGGAAAUCGAGCUAGUGGAAGAGGAACCGCCAUUUCUGCAUGGCCACGGCCGGGCUCUUGGAGAUCUAAGUCCUGUUCGCAUUGUUAAAAAUCCUGAUGGUUCUUUGGCGCAAGCUGCAAUGAUGCAAAGUGCUCUGGCGAAAGAGAGGAGGGAACAGAAAAUGCUGCAGAGAGAGCAAGAAAUGGACUCUGUGCCGACAGGCCUCAAUAAGAACUGGAUUGACCCUUUGCCAGAAGCUGAGAGCAGGACUCUGGUAGCGAAUAUGCGAGGAAUUGGUUUGCAGACCCAGGACCUUCCUGAAUGGAAGAAGCACGUGAUAGGCGGCAAGAAGUCGUCUUUUGGAAAGAAAACGAAUCUAACUUUGUUAGAGCAGCGCCAGAGCCUGCCGAUAUACAAGCUCAGAGACGAUCUAGUAAAGGCAGUCACUGAUAAUCAAAUUUUGAUAGUAAUUGGCGAAACAGGCUCAGGAAAGACCACCCAAAUCACACAGUACUUGGCCGAGGCUGGGUUCACUGCUCGUGGGAAGAUUGGAUGCACUCAACCCAGAAGAGUGGCUGCUAUGUCAGUCGCCAAAAGAGUGGCUGAAGAAUUUGGUUGCCGUUUGGGACAAGAAGUAGGCUACACAAUUCGUUUCGAAGACUGUACCGGCCCGGAGACCAACAUAAAGUACAUGACUGAUGGUAUGCUGCUGCGUGAAUGCCUUAUGGACCUUGAUCUGAAAACUUACUCCGUUAUAAUGUUGGACGAGGCGCAUGAACGCACGAUUCACACCGAUGUCUUAUUCGGUUUGCUUAAGCAGGCAGUAGGAAGAAGGCCAGACCUCAAGCUCAUCGUCACGAGUGCCACUCUGGACGCUGUGAAAUUCUCACAAUACUUUUUCGAAGCUCCAAUCUUCACUAUUCCUGGCAGAACGUUUGAGGUAGAGGUGAUGUACACGAAGGAACCGGAGACUGACUACCUGGAUGCUGCGCUGAUUACAGUGAUGCAGAUUCACUUGAGAGAGCCACCAGGCGACAUAUUACUUUUUCUAACUGGUCAGGAGGAGAUCGAUACAGCUUGCGAAAUUUUGUACGAACGGAUGAAGUCUCUGGGCCCUGAUGUCCCAGAACUAAUUAUUUUGCCAGUGUAUUCUGCGUUGCCUUCUGAGAUGCAAACCAGGAUAUUCGAGCCAGCUCCGCCAGGUUCUAGGAAGGUGGUGAUAGCGACGAACAUAGCUGAGACCAGCUUGACUAUAGAUGGUAUUUAUUAUGUAGUGGAUCCUGGCUUCGUCAAACAAAAGGUAUACAAUUCAAAGACAGGAAUGGACAGUCUGAUAGUGACGCCGAUCAGCCAAGCUGCUGCCAAGCAGAGAGCUGGAAGGGCUGGUAGAACUGGUCCAGGGAAAUGUUAUAGGCUCUAUACUGAAAGAGCUUAUAGAGAUGAAAUGCUGCCCACUCCAGUUCCGGAGAUCCAGCGCACCAAUUUAGCUACCACUGUAUUGCAACUAAAGACCAUGGGCAUCAAUGACCUAUUGCACUUUGAUUUCAUGGAUGCGCCGCCUGUAGAAUCGCUUAUCAUGGCCUUGGAGUCCUUGCACAGUCUAAGUGCUUUAGAUAACGAAGGUCUCUUGACGAGAUUGGGUAGAAAAAUGGCGGAGUUCCCGUUGGAGCCCAACUUAUCAAAGAUGUUGAUCAUGAGCGUACACCUACAAUGUUCUGACGAGAUAUUAACAAUUGUCAGCAUGCUGUCUGUACAAAAUGUGUUCUACAGGCCAAAGGAUAAACAAGCAUUAGCAGAUCAAAAGAAAGCAAAGUUUAAUCAGCCUGAAGGCGAUCAUUUAACUCUACUAGCGGUUUAUAAUUCUUGGAGGAAUAAUAAAUUUAGCAACGCUUGGUGCUAUGAGAAUUUUGUACAAAUUAGGACUUUGAAACGUGCACAAGAUGUACGCAAACAGCUCUUGGGUAUCAUGGACAGGCAUAAGUUGGACGUUGUGUCUGCUGGGAAGAAUACCGUGAGGAUUCAGAAAGCUGUGUGCUCAGGUUUCUUCAGGAACGCUGCGAAAAAGGAUCCUCAAGAAGGGUAUAGAACACUGGUGGACAGCCAAGUUGUUUACAUUCAUCCGAGCAGUGCUUUGUUCAAUAGGCAACCAGAAUGGGUCAUUUAUCACGAGUUGGUACAAACCACCAAAGAGUACAUGAGAGAAGUGACCACCAUAGAUCCAAAAUGGUUAGUGGAGUUUGCUCCAGCUUUCUUCAAGUUCAGCGACCCGACCAAACUGAGUAAAUUCAAGAAGAAUCAACGACUGGAGCCGCUUUACAAUAAAUACGAGGAACCUAACGCUUGGCGAAUAUCUAGAGUCCGUAGAAGACGUAAUUAAUAUAUUUAUUAUACAAUCUGUAAAUAAUUUUGUACAGAGUUUCGUAUCACAUGUAAUACGAACGAAUGUAAAUAACUUGUGAGAAGAACGUAAAAUCGCAAAUAUAGUAAUUUUGUAAGAACUU